UGGCCAACUUUAUGUGUCAUUAAGUUUCACAUGUAUAUUUACCGAAAAACAGUUCCUUUAGGUGUACAUAUAGACCUAAAAUCGGACUAGAUCGAACUAAAUAGUAGCCCAAUUGCAAUUGAAUAACAAAAAAAAUUCGAAUCAAACCUGAUUGAAAUGGGUUCAACCUGACCAAAACCAUACCAAACUGGUCGAUUGAUACCCUUUCCAGGGUCCAUCUUACCUGUCACCUGGUAGGUCCUUUGUCAAGUGUUGUACUUCGAUUCAGCUCAUCUUCAGAUUGUCCAGAGCUUGCUCAUAGUUACCUUAGACCAGCGACGCCUGUCCCAAUAGUAUCCAAGGGCUGUGUUUGUUUCUCAAAAUAAAAACCACCCAUCAGGCUGGAUGCAACCCAUACCCGAUUUAACAAAACUCGGAUCCUCCUUCUCUUCUCCUCUCCCAAAAAUCAAUCCAUUCGAUGAGAGCGAAGCUAGGUCAUUGGCACGCAUUGCCCACCCCUUCGUUCGCUUCCCCUCUCCUUUGAACCUGCUCUUGACGUAGUUUUUGUUCUCGCAGAUCUAUCGUCUGUGGAUUCUGUAGCAGUUCAGUAACUCAAAAGCAGACACAAACAGAAACCCUUUCUGAUCUUUUGUGACAGUUGUUCAUUUGUUCACUACUUUUUACCUUUCCUGGGUUUGACAUUGAUAGGGAAGAACAUUUCAAAAACGAGAACUGUAAAGAAAUCACCAUUUUUGAGCUUUUAUCGGUUAAACCUUUUCUGGGUUAACAUUGACAGGGAAGAACAGAACAGCAACAAAACCCUUUUUCUACCAUUUACGACGGAGAGAACGAAGCUUGUAUCAUUCGAUUGCGGUGCUGGGCCUGCUGGGCCUGCUGGCCUGUUCAAGAAUGACAUCUAUCGGGUAUGGGUUGCACGUGGGUUUGAUGGGUGAUUUUUUUUCUGGAGAAGCAAUCACAGCCAUUGGAUCCGCGCAACAGGUGUCGCGCACCAGGUAGCUAAGGUAAGCGCAGAGGAGCCGGAUCCGUUGUACUUUCAGUUUCCCGCCUAGUGCUCACAAAGUAGAGAAGCUGUAGAAUGGGAUUCUGGGAGUCGCAGUUAGCAACACCAUCUUCCUUCCAUCUAUCUCUAUCGCAACUCUUGAACGAAGACUCACUCCAAAACUAUUGAAAACGAAACCUGAUCUCCCAAUUCUUAUUUUGGAUUUAUCUUCAUUAUUGAUUACUAGGGUUUUCUGCUGGAAUAGAGAUGUCGUUUGAUCUUCUUUUGAAGCCGAAAUGCAGCGGCUGUGGAUCAACGGAAUAUCUUUAUGGGAGUAAAUGUAAGCACAUGAUUCUCUGCUUCUCCUGUGGGAGAACAUUGACGGAGAAUCGUGGGAAAUGUAUCGAAUGUGGCGUUACAUUGACACGAUUAAUUCGGAUGAAAGAACCAAAGGGAUUUUCUGGACAAUCUAGAACUUGUUCAUCUCAAUUGUCACUAGUAGGCUUUGACAUAACAGUUGAAAGUCCCGCUUCCUUGAUACCAGCUGCAAAUAUGUUUCCACCAGAAAAACCAUGUACUGCACCAGUAUCUGUUGGAGUAAUUCGACCUGCUCGACCCUUGGUUAAUGUUUCUGCAUUGGCUUCGGCAUCCUCGAUGAAUCACUUGUCUGUUAAUCAAGUGCAGCCAGCUGUGGUGUCCAGGGAACCGUCGAGUGGCUCACUAGAAAAGGAUUCUUCUUCUUCAACACUGCCUCGAACAGAAGUAGCACAUUUCAGAUUGGAUGGAAGAUUAAAUGGGCCAGCUUUUGCAACCCGAGUUCGAGAAAAUACUUCUGGCGAUCACCAGUUUGAGAAAGCUCCCAGACUUGGUCAAACAAACAAGGUGUCAGAUCAUACACCAAUUAAAACUAAGGGUUCUUCUAACAUUAGUAGCUCUCAAGUAGCCCUUCAAGCAGCAAAAGAUCAGGGCACUAAACCCUCUGUAAUUCAAACCGUAUCUGGUAGCCUGCCAAGUGUACAGCAACCUUCACUGGGCAUCCACUUUAUUCACAAUGACAUUGCAAGGAAUGUUCGGAAAUUUUUGCAACCAAGAAUUCCUGAGCAUCCUAAUUGGACUCCUCCUUCAGUAAAGUACAUGAAUAAGCCCUUAACGUGUCAAAUAUGUAAGGCUACCAUCAGUGAUGUAGAAAGUUUACUUGUUUGUGAUGCUUGCGAGAAAGGAGUCCACUUAAAAUGUCUUCAUUUAUACAAUAAAAAAAGCAUUCCUAAAGGGGAGUGGCACUGUCCUAAGUGCAUAUUAUCAAGCAGUGAGAAGCCAUUGCCCCCUAAAUAUGGUCCUGUUAUGUGAAAUAUCACUGCAUGUAUGGUGUUUUCAGACACCAAUGAAGGUCUAAUUUCUACGGUAAAGAAGGUUGAAAAUUCAGAUAAAAAGAUCGAUCAUCAGAAAGCCAUUGCUAAUGGAAACCCUGGUGUACUGAAUCCUGCUGUUGGUGGUGGUACAGGAAGUAACCAUACUCAGUCAUCCAAUGGACUGAAAACACCUUACAAACAAGCAAGGUAAUGGAUGCACAUGGAUCUAAUUUCACCAAAAGCAGAGGAGGCCUAGCAAAGUCUAGGGAAACUGCAGGUUUAGUUUGUGCCCCUCUUUCUGGAGUGGUGAAUGAUAUUUCUGAUCUACCCAUUCAAUGUGGUGGAUCAUCUUCAUGUGACACAGGGAGAUCGAACUCUGAUUUCAUGUCACUGCCAAAGUUUGAUCAAGGACACCACUAUCAAGCCUCAUGUAACUCAUUCAGUUAUGACGAUAAAGGGCCAUUAUACCAUGAAGCUUCUGGCAAUCAAUAUAUUGUUAACAGUUCCACUCCUAAGGAGCUUGGGAAAUCUUAUUUAAGAGUCUUCUGAAUGUAAGGCAGGUUGUGAGAUCAAGAAAGAGAACCAAGAUCUUCCUCACACAUGUUCUGUCGAGGCUUCCGAUUUUGAGAAUGGAGCUGGAGAUUGCAAUAGGUCUUCAUUAGAUGAUUUGCAUGUUGUGGAUUGGGUUGGUGAUAUAGUUCGCAUAGUAGAUGAGAAGUCAUUUUGUUGGUCUUGUGUUAAAGGAGCAGUAUACAAGCUGCAAGAUCAUGCUCUUUUUUGUUCUAGCAAUGACAAUCUGAGACCUUCGAAGCUUCAGGCAUUUGAAUCUAAUCAUGUUAGCACCGAUUGGCUGGCUUAAUUCAGGGGCCAUGUCAAGUUCUUCCUCGUAACAAGUUUAAGGAAGAAAGUGAAUGAAGAAGCCAGUUACUUCAUGGAGAAAGUGAUAGGGUUACAACCUUUUUUCCUGUGUAAGUAUACCACCAAUUUUAACUGCUUCUUGAUAGGGAGCCUCAAGCUGGGGAACAUUUUUUUAACUGGGGCCUUUGUGCUUGUAAUCAAUGUUGAUGUUUGUUUUUAUAUUUACAUAGUGAUGUACUAGAGAACUUGCCAUUCUACUUUAUCCAGCAGAGGUAGCUUUGUUUCUUA